UUCACCGGACAAGAUGGCUGCAGCAAUGGAUGUGGACACCCCAAGUGGCACGAAUAGUGGAGGAAGCAAAAAGCGUUUUGAAGUGAAGAAGUGGAAUGCCGUGGCGCUGUGGGCCUGGGACAUCGUGGUUGACAACUGUGCAAUUUGCAGGAACCACAUCAUGGACCUCUGUAUUGAGUGCCAAGCCAACCAAGCCUCGGCUACAUCAGAGGAAUGCACAGUAGCCUGGGGUGUCUGCAAUCAUGCUUUCCAUUUCCACUGUAUAUCUCGCUGGCUAAAGACCAGGCAGGUGUGUCCUCUGGACAACAGGGAGUGGGAGUUUCAGAAGUAUGGACACUAGGUUUGACUGCUGCAGAUGCCAGGAACUUGUUGGAGUGAAAAAGAUGAACAUUACAAGCAUCCCAGACAGGAUCACUGGGAUAGGCCAAGGUCUGGAGGGGACAGAGCAUCAGCUCAGGCAGGCAUAGAGAGGGUCCACCACACUGGAGCUGAAACUUCUGCAGAAGAUAUUCGAUGACACACUUUCAUACUGCUGUGUGUUGUAAAAUGAAGCCAUUCACCUGGGAAAAAUGCACUGGUAAAUUUCUUGUGUCAACACAAGCUUUUUUGUAAUUUAACCAAAAAUAACCUCAUGCAAUAGUGUAAAAUGUAGGACAGGAAAACCACACUGAUUGGAGAAAUACUUUACCUCUGACAAAUUACGCAUUUGGUGACCUCAUAAUUGCUCUGGUGAUUACAAUACAACGAACAGUAUUUGGAGCGAAAGUAUUGUCAAGGCUUGCUAUUACAUUCAUAAACCCAUCUCUUUGGUGAUCUCUUGCACAUUCACUGUGUACAUUAAGUCACCCUGGAUGAGGGUUUCAGCCAGCCAAAAAACAUACUGGUUUAAUGUUUCAUUCAAAAAACUUUCCAUUUUAGUUUUGUGUAUCUGGUUUCUAUAGCUGUGCCAAUAGUCUGUUUCUACUGACAUUUUCAAAUGGGGUUGAAAGAAUGAGGAAAAAUGUGUAUGUUAAUAAAAGGCUGCCUGAUUCAAAGUUGAUAAUGUCACAGUUACCAACUUGAGAACACAGAAUUGCAUUUUUAUGGCAAUUUACAGAAUUUAAAAUUGAGUCAAUGCUGUUGUCAUCUACAAGUUGUGAUAACAUUGAAAACGAAACCACUAGUUUAAAAAACUUGGGAAAAAAUGGA